AUUCAUUUGGUUUGAGAGUUCGGAACGUAAAAAAUAAAAAAAAAAAAAAUGGCCUGAGAUGGAAGACACGUUCUCGAUAGUGGAUUCUCACAACUCUGCCCUUGGGGCAGGGAUGUUCGAAAGCAAUGAGCUUAUGGAAGCACCUGAAGAGGAGGACAUAGAUCUGAUGAAUGAUGAGACGUUUGGAGGCGAAAUCGAUGAGGACUUUGACUGGGAGGAACAGCAUGAGAAGUUGAUUGAGGUGGGGGACAAAGUUCUCUAUGGGCGACCUUCCCGAGAUUCCGACAUAAAGAACUACACCAGUCAGGAGGAGUAUAUGGAACAAAGCAUCAGUCAGCUGGUUGUUGAAGAUGAAGAGAUGGAUGACCCGGCCAUCGUCAAUGUCAGCAAAAACAGACCCAUACCUCAGAAACACCAGAAUCUGGACGAUUUGUUUGGACCCUCCUCCCCUCCAGCCCUUCUUGACACCGAACAUCUGGUAUCUCCGACUAGCAGAAAUAUCUGGGGGUCUCCCGUCAAAGAGACGCAUGUACCCCCAUCAGUCAACAACCUCCAAACUUUGUUUGAGUUUGCCAAAGCAGCUUCCAGUUCUACACACACAAAGGGUGGCCCAGUAGUUUCUACCCCGGGGAGGACCCUGGAAGAGCUAGAGCAGCAAUUACUUCCUGGUUCAAAAGGUCAUGCAAUGACAGCAGAGGACUUGGAGCGGCAGCUUCGCGGAGAGGAUAAGAUGUCGGCCCCUCCCCCUGAGCCUCAACUGCACCACCCCCCUCCUGGAUUUCCGCCUGGGUUAUCACCCGGAUUAUCAGGAUUAAGAAACCAAACUCCUCAGCGUUUCCCUCCAGGAUAUGGCCCGUACAUACCAAUGAUGGAUGACCGGCGAUCACCCAUGGGGCAGGGGCCUUAUCCUCCACGGAAUGGGGAAGGGCAUCCAGGGGCCACGCCCCCUGGUCCCAUCCCACCGCAUCUGCUGAACGGUAGGAGAUCCCCACUGGGGACAAGCCCAACCACUCCCCAGAAUCAUAGAUCCUCGCCUGUUAUGUUGCAUAGGCUUUCUCCUCACUCUGCUUCAGGUAUCGGGCAUGUGUCCCCUCCCUCAGGUAGGGUGUCUCCGCUCUCCUUUAGUCUGUCCCCCUCCUCUUCUCCUGGCUCCCCGCAGCUCUCUCUACUGGCUGCCUUUGCUAAAAGGGCACUGCAAACCAUCAUGGGAAACCGUAUGCCCACCGCUCCUAUUGGUAUCCCCCGGCCCCUGCUGCGAGGACCCCCUCCACACAGUCCAUAUAACAGCCCAGGCCCCCGACAAAGCCCACACGGUGGUCACUACGGCCCGCACCACGACAGUCCAUACGGCCCCCAGCACAGCAGUCCGUACGGCCCCCCCAACCCCGGAUCUUAUCCUCCAGUUCAGGGCAGUCCCGGAGGUCCAAGACCGCCCCACUCAAUGGGUUACUCAGAUCCCAGAAGGGGACGUGGGCGUGUUCAUUUCAGAGGACAUAACCGUGGAAACUACAGCAAUACAGACAACAGAGAGGGCUAUUCAGAAGGUCACGACCCUUCCAAGUUUGAUCAAGGUUAUCACCUAGAUAAUCGUGAAUAUCGCCGAGAUUACCGUGACAACCGGCGAGAAUAUGACCGUCGGCGAUAUUACCAUUACAAUCCGGACGAAGACAGGAAGCGGUCUGUGGAUGCUUACGCUGGGCUCAUGACACAAAAGGAAAAAGACUGGAUCAUCAAAAUCCAGCUGAUCCAACUCCAGACAGAAAAUCCGUACCUUGAUGAUUUUUAUUACACUACUUACUCUCUGAAGAAGAAGGCCGAGGAGCGACAAAAGAACCACCAGAAUGGAAUAAUGGAUGACAAAGACCCGGAACUGAAUCUUAUCAUCCCUGCCAUGGCCAAGCUGGAAACAAAACCGUACAAACCAGCCCAGUUUGAGGGGUCCCUGGGACGACUAACUACAUCCAGUGUUCACAAUCCGAGGCAGAUUAUCGAUGUUCGAAGUGAUGGCAAAUCCCAAUCCGAGGAACCCAAAAAUGUCUCUAAAGAGCUACGUCGCAGUCGGCAGCUGCUCAUGGAAAUAGAAAAUGGCUACAAUUUGUUAUUAGAUGUGGAUGACAUAGAAAAGAAAAUACUAGCUUUGCCAGAAGAAGCGAGAAAACCGUUAUAUGAGGACAGAAAGAACAUGCUGACUGAUCUGUACAAAUAUUUGUUGUGUCCUGGAAAUAAAGAACACUUUCUCUCCAUCAUGUCCAUCCGAAAGGGGAGGAAACUGGUGGCUCGGGUACUGCCCCUUCUAGAGAAGAUUCAGGCGGAAAAUCUGGUACAGUUACUGCUAAAAAACAUGACUCACCUAAUCAAGAAGGACCAGGGUGAUGAGGGAUUGAUGUGUCUCCACGAUUCAGUUAUCCGAGUGAUUGAAAACUGUGAUCUCCAAAACCUCGUCAACUUUGCCACAGAGUUGAAGGAAUCGGGACAGAACCAGUCCAAGACUGCCGCUGUGGCCAUACAGAACAAGUUUGGAAGUUCGUUGGUAUGCAGCCUGUUACACCGCGGUGAAGUCCUCCAUGUUAACACCUCCCCCCUGGACAUGGACAACCAGCUGGAGUCUCUAUGGUGUCAAUUUGUACACGAGUUCGCUGGAAUCCUCGCUGUUGUUCCCACAGAAUCUCUGGUGCACCCCAAACAUCACCACGCCACAAUCACGGAACAUUUAGAUCGUCUCCUCAACAAAAAACUCAUAGCGGUCAUCGAAGACAAGGUCAAGCUGUUCACUGAACCAGAGCGGGCUGUGUGAAACCAGCUAUAUCAAAUCUAUUUAUGAUGAUAUUGGUGAAAAUUCAGUUCCAUUGUGAAAGUGAUUUUUUUAAAAAAGUGUGUUUAGAAAAUCGGUUUUUUUUUUCGAAGUCAAUCCCAGAUUAUGUACUGUAUGUGUGACAGUGAUUUUGUGGAUUGAUUAUUUUGAUCUUCAAUAAUGUCAUAUUCGUGUGGAUGUAGAUUUUGAACAUCAGUACAUGUGUACAUUUCAUAGAAUACCAUGUUUUGACACGUUGUGCGAGCUGAUCAUCUGAUGGAAUCAUAAAUAGUAUGAAAAUAGUGAUCAGAAAUGCUUUACAAAGAACGACAUCCACAUUUAUAUAUGGUUUUGGUCUGAGAUGCUUCCCUGAAAUGACUUAGUUGUUUUUUAAGCAUAGCAUGUACAGAUUAUUUAAAUUUGAUGGAAAGUGAAUACACAAGUUUCUGAUGCAUGUUCUGCAUAAAGAAAACGUGCUUGUGACAUUACACUUUUUUUUUCUGGAUUUUUUAAAAAGUGAGAAGUUGAGCUCGCUAUUCAUAUUGUUACAACAAGUCUAUCAUUGGCAGGAUAGUUAAUCUUGUUCACUAAGCUGAUCAAUGGUUUAGAAUAAAAGAAAAAAUUCCAUUAUUUUCCAAAAAUUGACCAUGGAAAAUACAAUGCGGAUGUGAAGUUUCAGGAAAAUGGCUCGAAAUCGACCCUUAAUAUUUAAUAUUAUGGUUUUGUCACAUAAGAAUUGAAGUUAGAAAAAAUGCAUUAAAAAUUACAAAACAUCAAAUUUUCACAUUAUUAAGGGACCAUAUUAGGCUCCUACAAUAUAUACAUGUAGUAGUUCCUUCUUAGCGUAAACAUUUGAUCACUUAUUCAAUAUUUUCAUAGCUAAUGGAAGCAAUCUUACAAAUUUCUCAUCGUUCACGAACCAGUAUGAAUUUUCUGGAAUGUACUGUGAAUGAUGUGAAGCCAUUCAUCAGUGUUAGUAUCGUGAUGGGAAUGUCCAACACCUCUCCCCCGUGUGUUUCAGAGUUUAAUAUAAUGUCAGAGGUGAAGGUCAUUUGAUGGCCUGCAUAGUCUCCAUUGUACAAAACGUUUUUGAUCAAAUGUUGAAUUUUUUCUCAUUUUACAUCAUUUGUAUCGUCGUCAUUUACAUAACCAGUACAAUAUUCAUUUACUUAUCAUCAGUUAAUUCAGUUUAUCAUUUGGAAUAUCAUAUUUACCCCCAAAAAACCGUCUUGCUAUCUGAACUGUACCUAGGUUCUGUAGACAGUCAUGCGGGACAUAUACUGGGGGAAUAUGGUGCACAUAUCAUAUCGUACAUAAUGGAUUAAUUUAAAGUGUGACCCUAUGUUUGGAUUGUAAUCAUUUCCUGUAACCUGUAAAGCUAAUAUAAUUUGUAACGAUAGUGGCUGUGAUAAGGGGAGCUAAACCUGAGCUGGUUGACCCAGAUUGUAAGUUGUAGAUGGAGAAGGUUUGUACAGUGAGGAGAAAUUCAAUUUUGUACCUAUUAGUUUAUUUGAGGUCUGUGGGGCGAUAUUUGUUAAGCCCAGGCGAUAUAUGUUUAGGCCUUAAAACACGGACCAAUUGUCUUUCACCGAGUAUUAUAGUGCUUCUGUCACACAUGAUUUGUAAAGUAAAAAUUUGCAGAUGAAAAAAA